CAACGUCGCUGUGCCUGGCGCUGCCGUAAUGUGGGUUAGCCGCAACGCCCAAUCCAUCCAUCCUUCCCACCCGCUGACGCUGCCUGCCUGCCUGCCAACGCACACCCACGCCGAACCAUCAUCCCCAUCCUCAUCCCCAUCCUCAUCACUUAUCAUCAUCAACCACAACAACGACGGCCAAAAACGCAGGGUAGAGAGAAACAAUAAACGUUGACCACCGAAUCCACGCUGCCAGAAAAGUCUAUUCGGUGCGGUUGCCAUGUCGCCACCGCGUUGCCAUGCCCAUUCCCGGAAAAGGUUAUUAUGCCCGAUUGAUUCCCCCCACCCCAACAGAGAAGAGAGAGGACGCGUGCCUCUCCUUACUAACCAAAGUCCUUCUUCGACCUUCUCGACUCCACUCACUCCCCUUCUCCACACGCCCGCGACCUGCGCGAUCGCCGCCCAUCAAUCCUCGAAUUGUCUCUAGAACCUGUCUCUCCUGCACUAUUGACGCAACAUUCACCACCGCCUGUCCCACCAUCUACACCUAGUCCGAACCCUCUUUUUUAGCACCGUGGGUACGUACCUAGGUAUUCAUUGAAUUGCUCCCUUCACUCACCGGAAGCAAUAUCGCUCCAUCAUGUCGUGCACCAAACGUUGAAUCUCACACUCAAACAUGCCAAUUUCCUGCCAACGUCCAGCCUGCAUCAAAACUCCAUGUCCCGCUGCCUAAAUAGCCUUCUGUCCCGCUUCGUCACUUGCAUAACGUGUUCCGCCAAAAGGCGUUGCUUGCGACGACGAGCAAUCAAUACCAUGAUAGCUGCAUGCUCAAGCCAUAUCAUCACCUGCCUGUGCCUGUGAACCCCCCACAGAUAGAUAGACUCUGGAGGGAGAAAAGCAACAUGUCUCUUUGCUGCCGUCGCCAUGUCUGCACGCAAUCUCAAUUUCAACUUUCCAGAUCGGGCAAGUUGCGUAGAUAAGUGUUGAUCACAGAAAACGAGCAGUGGCUUGAGGCUGGUAGAAUGACUAAGCAUCGUCCCGAGCUGCUGCAGCUUGGGCGCGACAACUCGCAUCGUAGGUGAAGCUCCACCAGAUGCAACUCGUCUUGCCUAUGCUUGCCCUCGACGCUUCAUGCGAAGCCCGCCCAUUGCCUGCCGUCGAGCAGUGCACUCGUUCAACCCCAAUGCCUCCUCCCCGCAUAUCUGGAUCUCCGACGACCUUCUGUCUUGCACCGUAACACACUUUUUUCGCGCCGUCUGCCCUCAUCAAAAAAGGCAUGGCAGCCAUGUCCCGGGGCCAUUGGAGGCUCAGCGAAGGGCAGCGAAGAGGAAGAUGACCGCCCAGGCGACCUAUCACGAUUCCGAAGCUUUUACACCGCCGUCGUUCAACCUCCGCGCUCUGUUCGCUGCCUUCCGCCAGAGGCGGGAACCGCAAUGGACAUACGAACCGCCAUCCUUGUCGCAUCUUCCCAUUGAUUCGUCGAACGUUUCUUCUUCCCUUCCUGCAUUAGAGCCACCCGUCUGCGAUACUCCAGAUGCCCUAUCCGCUCCCACAUUAGAAUCACCCGCCUACGAUGAUUCAAUCACUACCGUCCAUAUCACCACCGAAACACAAUCGCGCCCCAGAGAUGCAUACACUUGUUUCCACGACUUCAAGACCCACUUGGAUCUUGCCGACUUGUCUCGUGCAGCUGCCCCCCGCGAAUCUCUUCUUCACUUAUUCGAUGCUCAUUCACCUUCAGCAUCAGCCGAUGCUUGCGAUUAUGUCAUUUUCGUACUUCGAUACCUUUCUACAGUGCAAUGCGAACGCAGUCUCAUCCUGAGUUUGUUGGCUGCAGAGCGCGUCGCGCUACCCGGCAUAUAUACGCCUGGCGGAUUGGAGCUAUUGCAAACAAUCGAUGCCAUGUUUCAUAAUGUCCAAGAGCAUCCUCGAUUGUUGCUCGAAUUUUAUCGAAAGUUAGCACGCCUGAAUCGGAAUGCUAAAGGUUCCAAAGGUCCUCGUCAAGACUUGGCUCUACGACUUCUCAUCCGUGGGCUAUGGGGUGCUGAGGCUGCCCGUAAUCGGACAUUGGGUACCACUGCCUGGGCCUUCUUGCGCAAUUUGUGCGAGAAAUUGUCUGCUUCUCAGUUUCGAACCCACCUGUUAUACAUAUUCAAUGGUCCCGCCUACAUUGCUAUGCCGCGCUUUGGCAGGCUGAUGGGACCCCAUCUACGAUCAGAGGACAAGCAUGCCAUUCACCGGAUCGUUGUCAAGGUUCUGGAGUGUGUUCCCCAUAACUUGGUCUACGAAUGGGCGAUGCAUUUAUUCCCAAACUUGAACAAGGGCCGUGCCUACACAGCAGUUCAGCGUUUCAUCGAGCUGACUUUUCAGAUUGACCGCCGAUCGGACCAACUCAAAGACGGCGUGUCUACGUCACUGAUGGCUUUUCACCGGUUGGUCUCGAGCUGGGUCAAUCCAGGUGCUGUUCAUAUGCCACAGCACCUUGUAUUAUACGCUCUUCUGAACAGUUUGAUCAGCCAUCACUCAUGGGACGGAAAGCGUACCACGCGCUUACUUCUGUUUAUAGAGACGUAUAUGCGCGAUGCAGAUACAGAUACGCUCGACUCCCUGCCAUUCGACGAGAUACUACCGGAGCUCCUUCAUCAGUUAAACGAGUCACUAUUGCCUAAUCAUGGGGUAAUCGAGUUGAUGAUCCCUCAUAUCUACAGGAAACACGGCUUGCCACCCGUGUUGGACUUGCUUGGGCGCAUUGCAGACCGGGGUAUCCCACUUUCGAACACCUCGUUCCUGGCAGACUUCGUUAAACACAGGACCCAAGAAUUGAAGCAAUAUUCCAAGACUCACCAUUUGUUCACGGAACGAGAACGCCAACGCUAUAUUGUACUUCUUGCUGCGUGCAAGGAAUUGCGGGUCAAGGUCGCCAGCCUGGGCACAGCAAACCUGAGUCGAGAGGUCUACAAACUCCGAUCCGAACAAUUCUUCAAUUUCAUCCUCGAGCGCGCCCGCGACAACAACAUCCUCCCCCUAGCCUACCGCGACGUCAACAUAUACACCUCCAUCCAGACGCGCGUCGCUCUGCUCGCUCAACUCGCCAACCAAUACUCGCUUGACCCCUCGCUCACCCCGCGCCAGAGCUGGCGCUCCAUCUAUACCAUGUACAAAUACAUCAAAAACAGCGCCCAAAAACCUCCACCUCUUUUCAUAAAGGCUGUUGUCGAGUCAUGCAUUGCAAGACCGCUUUCGGCUCGGUACUUUGUCUCCGCACGGAGGUUGCAAUGGGUCUUGCGGCUCGUCGAAGAAGUCGAGGGACUGGAAGCAGCACAAAAACUCGAAAAUGACUUCUGGCAUAGAAGAGGCGAUCUCAUAGCAUUGGCCAAGCGUAGGCUAAAAGACUCGGGUGGUCAUGGCAGGGUGCAUGUAAGCACCUUGAGGAGACUGGGAUUGUUCUCGUAGAUAUGUAUAUAUGUGUAUAUGUUUGUGUAUACGGGCUUGUUAACAUGGUGUAUUCACUAGAUUAGAUUUAGAAGCAUAGUGCCCACGUGCCUUCCGAUAAUAUUGGAUUGUAAUCUUGAGAGGGUGUGUCGUUAACCCCAAUCAUCUUGCAUCUUCUUCCGUUCCAGUAGCGUGAGCAAAGCAUCACUCACUCAUGAACUGCACGUCAUGAUCUGCCAUCUGCACAGUAUCAGAUCCUAUCCUCCCCCGUAUUCAUAGCACCUCAGAACUCUGGGGGUCCCCGCAAAACCCCGAAAAAUCACAACGAAAUACCCGUUCUCAAAGCUGUCCACUAAACAGGCCAGAACGAACAAAGGAUCCGGAGAAGAAAGGGUCCACAGCGUAACAACCUUUGGACAUUCUCCAAUGUCUAACGGUCUAGCAACGGCGUUUUUGCUGGAAGAACAAAGAGCAUGCCUGCUGUCCAGGUCCCCUUUCAUUGAUGCAUUCUUGCAGUCAGCAUCAAUCGUUCCCCCACCCUCCCU